ACACACACACACACACACACACACAUGCAUGGAGAGCUACGUGGUGAGGAGAAGUGCUCCUAGAGUGUGAGCAGUGAAGGGGCAGGCUGAGGGAACGCGAUCAGUCCUUUCCGUCCUGUGGUGCAUACAACGUUUCUCCUCAGGACACUUAACUCCUUGUGUGUGAUUUUAAAAAAAAAACACCAUUUUUAUAACCCCACCAAAAGGAACAGAAUCAAGACAAAAAUGGCAGAUUUCUAUGACGAUGAGGACGCCAGCUUAAAUGACAGUUAUGAUUACAGUCACGAACACAGUGUUUGUGACAAGGAAGCGGUGCGCUCGUUUGGCAGCGUCUUCCUCCCGAUCAUCUAUGCCUUGGCUCUGGUGGUGGGCCUGGCUGGGAACGCCCUGGUCGUGGUGGUCUAUACAUCAAGGCUGCGACUACGAACCCUGACAGAUGUGUGCAUCCUGAACCUCGCCAUUUCGGACCUGCUGCUCCUCUUCACGCUGCCUUUUUGGGCAGCCGAUGCCGUUCAUGGUUGGAAGUUGGGUUCGAUAGCCUGCAAGCUCACCUCCUUCCUCUACAGUACCAACUUCAGCUGUGGCAUGCUGCUGCUGGCGUGUAUCAGUGUGGAUCGCUACCGCGCUGUAGCCCACAACCCUGUAGGCAGGACUGGAACAGGUCCCCGGGGAAGGAUACAGUGGAUCCUGGUGUGUGGGCUGUUGUGGGCUGUAGCCGGCUUUCUGGGCAUUCCCGAACUUUAUUUUAGCACAGUGAAGCACUCCCAUCACAGGAUGGCCUGUACAGCCAUCUACCCGUUCAGCAUGGCCCGACCUGCAAAGGCUGCCCUGGAGCUGAUGGAGGUGACCCUUAGGUUCUUGCUCCCUUUCUUGGUCAUGACGGUGUGCUACUGCUUGGUAGGGAGGACACUGAGCCGGGCAGCUGGGCUGCAGAGAGAUCGAAAGUGGCGAGCCCUGCGUGUCCUGCUGGCUGUGGUGGCUGUAUUCCUAAUCACCCAGCUGCCCUACAACGUGGUCAAGCUGAUCCGAGCGAUGGACAUCAUCUACAUCCUCGUGACCGACUGUGAGGUCAGCAAGAGUCUGGAUCGAGCUGUCCAAGUGACAGAGAGCCUGGCGCUGGUCCACGCCUGCAUUAACCCGCUCCUCUAUGCCUUCAUCGGAUCGUCCUUCAGGGGACACGUCCUCAAGGCUGCCAAGCACCUUGGACAGACACUCGGGAGACACCCGAGACACGUCAACGAGGAGCCGGCGGUGGAGAUUGCACUCAAGACACGCACUCAAACGCAGUCACAGUCUGAUUCAGAAGACCAAGCCACCAGCACCUUUACUAUUUAAGACUCAAAUCAUAUAUCCAUUUUUCUGUAAGCACCUAUGUAUAUAUAUAUAUAUAUAUAUUUUUUUUUCAUGUUUAGUAUAAUAAGAGAUAGACAUCAAUAACCAUAAUAUUCUUACAGUAAUAAACAAAUAUCCUCAGUUUAUAAGCACUAAUGAAUUUUGUAUAAGUUAUGUAUUUUGUUAAAUAAAAUAAAGAUUUUCAGUUACACGCAUGGACUGAAAUCUGUUGCAAUUAAAUGCAGCUGAAACUCAAGAUGCUCCGAGUCCUUCUCUGGUUCCUCACGACAAAUCAAAUUCAACCUUAUAGUCUGCGCUGCCUCACAUGAGAUCAUCUGCAUCUUGUUGUAUUACAUCCCGUGGCUUUGGGUUGGGACGAGGAUGGCUUGAUUGCACAGUGGGUGACCCAUUGAGUGAAAACACAUUUGGCAAACAAGGAGAACAGCAAACAGCAGGAGCCCAGCAUGUCAUCAAUCUGAACACAAAGCAGCUUUGUUGUGUUUAUCCGCUCAUCUUUAUUCUAUUUAAUAUGAGCUUGAAGGAUCAAAUAGUUUGCUAUCCAUCGCUGUAUGUAAUGACUUCACUUAGUGGUAUUUAAAUGCUCUACUUGACUGCCAAAAAUAAUUCCCCUUUGUAAUUACUCAAUCAUAUAACAUUAUGCUCAAGCUAACCCCAAUGCAUUCAGUGCAUGUCUAAUAUAGGGUGAGAUCAGGGUACGGCCACAGUCCAAGGUUUAACAGUGAUUUACUCAAGCCUGUUUACUGUAGUGAAGACAUAGAGGGGCCAGCUUAAUAUGGCAAAACCUCCAGACUAGAUUCACAACAGAUAGAGCAUUUAGAUCUUCAGAGUUAAAAGUGUUCAUUGUUUACUAUUCUUUCCAUCUGCAGCACCUAUUAGCCAUCCUCUUUCCACUGUAAUGGCAUACCGCUUGGAUGUGUGGGAGCUGAACUUUAACAAACUAGUGUGUUUGUUUGGAGACAAUUCAAACUGUGGCUCAAAAUGUGUCAGGGUCCCCAGGCAAUACAAGUAUUGAGUUGUACGUCACAUGACUAAAUAGGUAAACAAAGAACAAAGCCAUCCUAAAAACUCUGCAUUUCAUUUGAAUUAAUUAUAGUCUGACCCAGAUGUACAUCUCCAAAUGAUUAACUAUAACACCAAUUCAUAUGAUAGUUUAACGUAAUCUUAACUUUGCCUGAAGGAAACCAAAAUUGUAAUUCCUUGUAUGACGAUUCUAUUCCACUAGCAACUACUAAAACACAUGUUAAACACGUGCACAGCGUCCGUGUGUGUGUGUGUGUGUAAGUGUGUAUGCAAAUAAAUGCCUAUUGCUUGAAGAUAAAAGACUGCAGGUCUGGGAAUCAUUUUUAGGACAUUAUCAUGUGCAUGGGAUAGACUUGUAUAUGUUCCACACCACAGAGCUGCCAUAGCAACAUCUACACUAUAAACCCUCCCAUCUAGCUACUCACAGCUCGCCACAAACAUCUUUAGAGAAGUGCAUUUGGAUUACGGGUUAGGGGCCAUUAGUUUUAACUUACAGUGGAGGUACAAAAAACUACUAAAACCGAAUAUAGGAACUGCUGUGUAAUUAUCAUAAUGAAAUACUGCAUACAAACUAAAAGGUGAGAAGUCUUAACUUUCUGUUUCUCUAUGGGAAAAGAUAGUGUACAAAUAUAAACAAAUGCACAGAUCCUCCUUUAGGAAACAUGUUGUGAAGGCUGCCAAGGGCCAUGGACAUCGUAUAAGGAAACACCCAUCAUGACAGCGAGGAGGAGGCGGUGAACACAUUUGAUACU